AUGAAGACCUCCAUCGCCACCACCACCCUCCCGCUCCUCGCAGCAGGAGCCAACCUCCAACCUCGCCAGACGGGCCAGGCCACGACCGCAUGCCCCUCGCUGUGGUCCGCAGUGGUCACCGCGGGACCGCCGUCCCCGACCGCCGUGCUAGCGUGGCGCAGCUCGCUGUCGGCCCGCGCCACCGAGGCGUGCAUGCGCUUUGGCGACCCGGACAUGCCAGACUCGGCCAUGACCGCGCUCGCCAGCUACCAGGACGCCUUCUCCGACUACCUCUCCAAGGACCCCACGGCGUCGAGCGCCUACAGGCUCUGCUCGGUGUGGCUCAAUGAGCCCAUAUCGCUGACUGAUGCGUCGCAGAUCGCGUCGUCGGAGUCGCGCCGGUCGGUGUAUGAGUCGUGCAGGGAGAAUGGCAAGCUGAGCUCGUGGUGGACGAGCUCGCCGGCGACCGCAUCCGCCACCGCGACGCAGACGCAGACCAGCGGCACGGCAAGUGCUGCGGCCACGGGAGGCAGCACUACCAACGCCGGUCAGACUGCUGCGACGUCCGCGCCUGCAGGUGGGGCUGCUGCUCGAGGCACUCCUGUUGCAACCGUGUCUGUGGUGGUUGCUGUUGCAUUUGGCAGUGUCAUGGGCUGGAUGUAA